AUGCAUUUUUCAAAAGGAGAUCAUUACAAACACAAGUAUCCUCAAAAUGCUUCAUCUUCCUCUUCUUCAACACUCUAUUUUCCACCCAUUCCUCCUCUUUCAGUGAAUCAUCUUCCAUUUCCUAAUGAUGAACCCUUCCCACAACAGAGUUUUAUGGCGAGAUCUCCUCGUCGUUCCAAUCUACCCCUCAUUGAUACGAAUCCUAACAGGGAUAACCUUCUUCAUUCAUCUAUUGAUAAUCAUUUGAAUCAAGGUCAUCAUCCAUCAUUUCUCUUCGCCUCCUCCAAGACCUCCCUCUUGCAGUUGAAUGAAAGCCUUAUAAUGAUGGAAAAUCAACCACCCUCCAGUUCUACUUCAACCUUUCCUAAUCUUGUUCCACCACUUUCUAUUCAUUCAACAGGAGAGAUGAAUCAACAUUCCGAUCUGAAUCAACAACCACCUGUUUCUGCAAGAUCCAUACGUUUUAAUUUAGAUCCAAUUAUUCAUGAAGAGGAGGAAUCCAAAAAGCCUCACAAGAAAAAGCCAAGAGAAAACAAGCCAAGAGUUCCCUCUGUUUCUUUUCCAUCGAAUCCUAUCACGAUGCCUCAAGAUGAGGACCAAUUUGAAAUUGAUCCAACUCAGAAAGAAAGGAUCGCUAGGCGUCCAAAGACUCCUCGAACUCCUGAAUUGGCGUUGAAUUCAGAUUAUGUUUCGAGGGAUUGGACACGGGGAGGAGAGGAAGAAUCAAAAGAGUCUGAACAGGAAAAGGAAAGGAGGAAGUGA